GGUCAUGGGGCUACUGAAAGUAAAGCCGCCGUUUUUUCCCCCCUCACUGGGACUGUUGUUGUCCAGAGUGAAUAAUGCCGAAACCACGGUUAGAUGGCUGCAAAUGCUCUAUCAGUGGAUGUACUGAUCCACAUGAAUGCUUACACCGUCCUCCUGCGUCAGAAGAAGUUAGAAUUGCCUGGUUAAAUUUUAUUUUUCAUGGUAAUGUCCCAUCUUCUGUGCGUAAAGUACUUUUUGUUUGCGCAAAGCACUUUAAAGACGAGUGCUUCACCAACCUACGGCAGUACAGAGAAGGACUAGCCGAAAGGCUUCGACUCAUUGAGGGCUCAGUUCCCACUGAGUAUGGGGGUGAUGGACACACCAGCAAAGUGCAUUCAACACCAAGGACACAGAAGCCAUCUUUUAUUAGUGCAGGCUGUCAGACGAAACCACAGAUUUGUGCAGUUGGAACACAACUCUCAUGGAGAACUCUAAGGCCACAUACCAGAAGUAUAGGUAUUCAGUCAGCUGCGACGGUCCGGAGUGUGGCUGUUGGCCCAAGUCGCCGUUUACUUCCUGUUCCUUUUCCUUCAACUCCUUUGAGAAGUUUCAAGGAAGCAAAAAGACCUCGUCUGGAGUUUGAAGAGCAGGAUAUUUCUACUAGAUCCGCUAACCCUGACUCAUCAUACCACUCUGCACAACCCGUUACGGCCAGCACAGAUUCCUCUUGGCUUAGUCCCACAGCAGCAACAUCAUCAUAUGAAGAUGCAAAAUUCAUUGUUUUUGAGAAAUGCCUCCUCAGCCUAUUCGAGACGUGCCCUGCGUGCACAAGAGACUGUGACGUCCAAUCACGCAGAAGAGGGACGCUCUUGACUGUUGAGCAGCUCUGCCCACAUUGUCGGUUCUUCCGACGGUGGAAUAGCCAGCCAAUCAUCAGGAGCACCCCCGUGGGCGACCUUCAUCUGUCGGCUGCUGUACACUUCUGCGGUGAAUCGUUUGAAAAGACGAGGAAGGUGUUUGAUGCAAUGCGUCUGAAAACUCACACCGAUGAUGUAUUCAGAAGACAUGUCAGCUCCUACCUUGAGCCUGCCAUAAUACACAGUUGGAAUGCAAAGCAAUGCACGGCUCUUCAGUCACUGACCGAAGAAGACCAGGUCAUCAUAGGAGGGGAUAUGUGUGCAGACUCGCCAGGACAUUCAGCAAAGUAUGGGUGCUACAGUGUGAUGAACAUGCAGCGCAAUCAGAUUAUAGACAUACAGUUGGUGCAGAGCAACAAGGUUGGAGGAAGCAACCACAUGGAGAAGGAGGGUCUAAGAAGAAGCUUGGAACUCCUAGAGGGCAGUGGUGUGAAAGUGGAAAGUAUAAUAACGGAGCGCCGUCCUCAGGUGCAGAAGUUCUUGAGUGAGCGCGAGAUGAAGCACUAUUACGAUGUACGGCAAAUGGCUAAAGGUUUGUCCAAAAAGCUACACCGAAUUGGCAAAGACAGCGACUGUGGGCAAGUAAAAAAGUGGCAUAAAAGCAUCAUCAACCACCUCUACUGGUGCGCUGUUGGUUGUGCGUCUGGGGCUGAGAAGGUUUCGAGGUGGAAGUCCAUCUUGAAUCAUAUACAAGACAUACACAUUCACUCAGAUCCAGCUUUUCCAAAGUGCUUGCAUCGGACGAGGGUGUCGAAGGACCCCAACAAGUGGUUUAAACCAGGUACUGCUGCACUCAAACGAUUAGAAAGGGUGUUGACAACCAAGCGGUUCCUUAGAGAUGUGGAAAAUCUAAGCCCCCACUACCAGACCUCUUCCUUGGAGUCCUUCCACAAUGAACUUCUGCAUUCUGCUCCAAAAGACGCUGUUCUCCCCUUCACUGGAAGGCUAUGCAGGUUGUACCUUGCUGCAAUGCACUACAACGAGAAUGCAGAUCGCCCACGAAAGAGGCCCUCAAACAGGUAUCCCCUCUUGUUCCCUGAGGCCAAGAAUGGAGGGCACCCAGGAAAACAAGUGAAGAAGGAGCAAACCAACUUCUACGUCUUCAACUUGAUCCAUUUGGUCUUCACUGAGGUUGUCCAUGACCCACAGCCUUUCGUGUGUGCAGUGACGCUGAUUGAUGUACCUCAGGACAAUCCUGCCUUGGAUGAUGCUGUAGCUGCAUGUGCCACACUUCAGUGAAGGGGAGGUCUGAAGUUGGUGCAGUGCUCUGUGGCAUCAGGAAAAUCCCUCUCUAUUCCAAGCACCUCACAGGAGGGAAUCACUAUAAGGACACUUCUGCCAAGGAAACCCCAGCUAUCCCCAAACUAUCUGUAUCUGCUUUGCUUCAGAAAUAGUCAGGAGGAAAAUUGUUCUUUUUGGUUUUUUUUGUAUCUGAAUCGAUUUGUUUUGAAGUACAAGAGUGGAAUAUGCUUCAGUAAAGUUCCUCUUGAUUGUGUGAUGUGUACAAAAUAAAAACUUUAAUUUGUUA